AUGGAAGAGAAGUUUUUCCACUUCUUCGGACCAUGGCUGAUUAAGACCGGGAGGCAGAUCAAGAUCAAGACCGGAGUGGUGAAGCGACUGGUCAAAGAAAAAGUGAUGUAUGAAAAAGAAGCAAAGCAGCAAGAAGAGAAGAUUGAGAAAAUGAAGGCUGAAGAUGGUGAGAACUAUGCCAUUAAGAAGCAGGCAGAGAUCCUGCAAGAGUCCCGGAUGAUGAUCCCAGACUGCCAGCUCCGUUUAGAGGCUGCACACACUGAUCUCCAGCAGAUACUGGAGAGUGAAAAGGACUUGGAAGAAGCUGAGGAGUACAAAGAAGCCCUUAUAGUGCUGGAUUCUGUGAAGUUAGAGGCCUGGCGUUUUUCUGUACGGCAUGGUUUUUUUUUUUUUUUUUUUUGCAUUAAAUCCUGGGGUCUAUUCUACAAUUCGUCAUUUUCGGCCACUGCUGUGUUUAAUAAUAUGAAAACGUGGUUCUUUUUAUGCAGUUGCAUAUAUUUUUCUUUGCAUAACUUAAUGUGUCAAAUAAAUGAGUUCAUCUAAAAAA